UCUGAAUACUGUGCAUUGUUUUUUGAAACAAGUCAUAUCCUUUCUUACGUGGGUAGAUAUUAUCGAGAAUAUCAGUUGUUCCUGGACUGUUGGUAGUCGAUUUUCAGACAUAUCCAUUUUGUUCGGUAAUUAAUAAUCCACAACAAGUAUGGCAUGAAUAAAAUUCAAGAAUGAAUUUUGUGUGUGAGAAAAAUUGUGUGAUUUUAAAAAAAGUGUCGUUCAUUGAAAUCCGGAAAGGUUGAUUUCAAUCGUAGAAACAGCCAUUGGAUCAGGGUGUAUCAAUGAGUUGUGAAGAAGUUUGUUAACUGCAUGUGGAUGGAAGAAUACACAACGACAAAUUUGAUUUUAAUGUCGCUCUACAGGUGAAAUUCAGUUUUCUACACGUGCUUGCUGGUCGGUGAUAGAAAAGAACAUCUCUGUUCAACUCGACAAUAACAGAAUCUGACAAAAACAACUAUUUCCUAAACCUGUCAACAUGUCGAAAGACGCGAAGAGUAUGAUAUGGGACUAUCUAGUCUUCAUAGUGUUCGUCAUUGCAAGUACGUUUGUGGCGGUAUAUUCUAAAUUCUUCGGACCCAAAGAGAAAACAAAAGCAGAUUAUGUUUUCGCAGCAGGAAAGGUUUCUAUGGCGGCCAUGAUGUUGAGUAUAGCUCGAGGAACAUUAGGAGUGCGAUCAUUUCUUGGUUAUCCAUCGGAAUUAUUCUACCGGGGAGCAACAAUGUGGGAAACCCUUUACGGAAUGGUUCUGGCUUAUCCCAUAGUUUGUUAUAUUUUCGUCCCGGUUUACUUCAACCUAGGCAUCACUUCAGUUUACCAAUAUCUGGAUCUCCGGUUCAAGUCCCGACUUGUGAGAUGUCUGGCGUCUGGCACGUACAUUAUUAGGCAACUUCUGAAUCAGGGAGUUACAGUAUUCACCCCCUGUGUCGCUUUGAACACGGUUAUUGGAAUUCCUUAUUGGGCUUCGAUAAUCGGUAUUUCAGUCGUCAGCAUCAUUUUCAACAUUCUGGGUGGUUUGAAAGCUGCAAUUUGGGCAGAUGUUAUGCAAGGAUUGACGAUGAUUGUGGUGUCGAUGGCUAUCAUUUUUCAAGGUUGUUUUGAAGCGGAUGGUCCAGCCAGAGUCAUCACAGUGAACAAACAAGAUGGUCGACUAGAUUUUUUCAAUUUCAGUUUUGAUCCUACCGCCAGAGUAACAACAACUACAGCUAUCAUUGGCCAGCUGUUCAUGUCACUCUCGAUUUUUGGAUGCCAACAAAAUUUUGUACAACGGUAUUGCAGUAUGGAUUCACAGAAGAAAGUAACAAAAACAAUGAUGUGCAAUAUUCCCGUGAUAACCGUAUUAUUCAGCUUAUCCUGGGUAGUCGGCAUGGUAGUCUACGCCGUUUAUGCAGAUUGCGACCCUCUUUCCUCCGGCUACAUCGAAAAAUAUGAUGAGAUCCUUCCCUUUUUUGUUGAAGACCGCUUCAGCUAUUUACCAGGACUACUGGGGUUAUUUAUGGCCAGUCUCUUCAACGGAGCACUAAGCUUGAACGUGUCCAAUCUGAAUUCGUUGGCUACAGUCACUUUCGAGGACUUUAUCAAACCUAUUCCUCUUCUCAAAGGCAUGAAAGACGCCCACGAGCUAUUUACCAUCAAAUUCAUCGGAGUCGUCUACGGCCUGGUCAUCAUGGGAAUAAGUUUUGGAGUGGGCUUGUUGGACGGUGUUAUCGAGUCUUCUAUGUUAGUCACUUCCGCCACUUCAGGGCCCUUGCUCGGGGUGUUCGUGAUGGCGAUGUUAAUACCCUGUGCAAAUUGGAAGGGUGCUUCAAUAGGUGUUAUUGCCGGUCACUUGGUUACUCUCUGGAUAACUUUUGGAGGACUCACCGUCGAUAAACCACCAGCAAAAGUACUACCUCUUUAUACAGAUGGUUGCAGCAAUACAUCAUUCAAUGAUCAUAUUUUGAAGCCUGAACAUAGGGCCCUCAGCUGGACCCCCACAACAACUCCGUCUCCAUAUCAUAUCUACAAUGAUACACAUACUCUGCUGAACACUACUAGAGCGGCUCCAUCCGACCCGCUGACUCAACUUUACUCAAUCACCUAUAUGUAUUAUGCUUUCAUCGGUUGCUUCAUCACCAUCUUGUUUGGCUGGACAGUCUCCUACUUCACCGGUAGUUCAGACGACAGAUAUGAUGAAGAACUCAUUCAUCCCAUAGCAAGAAAGAUGGCACAAUACUUCCCUGGUAAAAAACGCAUCUAUUCUCAGAAAGUGGAAUGUCUAGACGAAAAAAGCGAGAAAUAUGAAACGUGCCACAGAGCAUCAGGAGAAAAGUCAGAAGCCGCAAGUACGAAUAUACUAGAAUGCAAAAAAGGUGCCCUCAAUCCUACUUUCAGUCCAGACUCCUCUGACGAACCUAUAGACGGCAUUUACAAAACCAAAUUGUGAUUUUUGCUAGAGCUCUAUACAAAUAGAGGACGCUGUGUGCGUCUCUCAGUGCCUUAUACGAUUAGUAACAUCUGUGAUCUCUAGCUUUUACGAGUAUACUACUGUUAAGUUGGUUUGUUAAACAACCUUUGGAGAUUUUCUUUCAGUAGAUUAUAGUUGAAAUGCAUGAUUUGGCUUUUUUAUAUAUGACACUUAAGUUAUCAUUAAUUUGUUUCGUUAGUUUUUAAGUUAGAUGACAAGAACUCAAUAUUCACUUGAAGAAAGACUAUUAGGGAAUUUAAAGGAGGAGCUAAUGCAUACUUGUAUGGAAUUCAUCAUAUCCAUCGGAAAGAAUGUAUUCGUGUUGUAUCACAUAGAACAAGUUAUUCAGGAAUCACCAUCAAGAUGAAAAUACGUCUGGGCUUCCUGGCUAUAUGCCUGCAGCCUAUAAGAAAACCCUUACAUUUCAUUAAUUACUAUAAAUCCCUCAAAUAAGAUAUUCAUUUCUCAUAUUUUUUUUGGAAAUUUCAGAUAAGUAUUUCAAAUUCAAAUGUCUAUAUCAAGAAUAGUAAAACGAGGCGCCACCUCUGAAAUAAAGAGUGAUAUUGAAAAAUACAAUACGCUAAAUAAUUCCGGACUUCAUAAUUUCCAAUGAUUGGUGAAGUCUUUAUAGCUUUAUGAGAAAAUGUCCGUACCGAGAGUUCAUAUAAAGAUAUCUGUUUUUAACCGAAUAUAAAUUAUUUGUCAAAGAACAUAUGGCGGUGUAGCCAACUGCAACAGAAGUCCGCCAUGGAUUUGUGUUGUUUCCAGCAACACAAGUGUUGUCCAUUCUUGAAAUUGGCUACCCUGUUUGGAUGACAACCAAUAAGUCAAAAGGACAAAUCUGCCGUUGAAGUUUUUUUGAAAUCUGUUCUUUAAUUUCCUUCGUUUUGAGAAAGGUUGGCAACUAGUUCGGCAAGUAGAUUGAAUAAUGGUUUAACUUUGGUUUCUAGUUGAUACAGGAUGAUACCAAUGAAUCUGAACUUCAAGCCAGCUCCAACGAAUAUCUACUUCUAACAGAUGUAAUAUCACACUUGAUAUAAAAUAUUGUGAUGAGAAAGUAUUUUUCAUGUCUUUAUGAUUUACUGUUAUGGCCUAACUGCGAUAAAAAAAGUUUAAAGCCUGAACCCAAUUUCAUUUAGUGAAACUGACUAAGACUCAGAAUGAAUAUCAAUCAUUUGGUGAUAAGGUGGUGUAUAAGGAAUUCAAGAGUGAACCAGGACUAUAUUAUGAUCUUUCUACACUAUUCAUAGUAUAAUAUCCAUAUUAUUGAAUUUUUGAAAACAUUAUGAAAAGUAAGUUUUCAGAAUUUCGAAAAUUCUGAUGGAUAGUAAAACCAUGGUGAGUCUGCCUGGAGAUUAUAGAAGUCAAAUCCAAUUCGCAGAAAGGUAAGACCUCGUUUCAUUCAGCCUUUCAUAAAACACAUAUUUUCAAAUAUUGUCAUCUUGAUGGAGAUGACCAAUUCAUUUUAUCCAUAGAUAUCUCCUCGAUUCUUAAUAUGAUUAAAGUUUUUGAAGUUCCUUUACAAUACUACUGAUAACAGUAUUAUUAUUAUAUCCCUUAUAUAAGUUCAACAUCUACCUAGCCAAGUAUACUCAACUGUUUGACUAUUAUUUAUUUCAUGUUACUUUGGUUUCAGUUGAAAACAUUUUGUUAAAGUUAUUAACGUGUAGUUGAAUAGGAUUCACUUGACUCAUCCACUAACUUGUUUUUUAUUGUAAUAUUCAUAUAAGUGGUAGUUCGUAUUUUUCUACAUAUUCAAUGUGAUCAUGAAUGACCACUCUAUAGCAUAUAGUGAUUUUUAGACGAGAUAGAUGUGCUUUUGGAAUGUCAUAGUACUUAUAUUCAUGAAACAGAUCUGAGGUUUGGCUUAUUCAUUGAUAAACAGUCAUCAAACGCGUAUUAUCAUAUUUUUGAAUUUUCAAGAUUUCUUUUAUAGUCCAACUGAAAAUGAAGAGUAUUGUGUUCUGCCUUAUAAUUCUGAAUACAAGCAAUUGGUAAUAAUUGUAUUUUUAUUGCGACUGGACGAUACUUGAUGAAAAUUUUAACUAAUUGAUUCACUGAUUAAUAAUUCACAUAAGAUUUUCAUAAAAUUGUUGUAACGAACUCGUACACGUGUUUCGAUACACGGUACAAUGAAUUGCAAGAAUUUUUGUUAUAGUUAUUUUCUUGCUGGAAUAUGGUAUUCCAGAUUUAAUAUGCAUAUAUCCUCUUGUACAUGACUUUGACCAUGUGUUUUGAUAGUUCAUCCAUUUAUAUUAAAUGUACUAUUUUCUGUUAAUUUAGUUUACUUAUCAUGAAUAAAAUAUUAUUUUUGUAACUGA